GCUCACUAUCGGGAGCCGGCUCCCGUCGUUCACUUCACUAAACUACAAAGAUCGCGUUUCUGUCCCGGGUGUUUUGCGGCACUUCGUACAAACUGGGUAUUGAGAAACGGCUCCUUGUUUUAAUCCUCGCAAAAAUGUCGCUACCGAGGAGAUGUACCUACGCUAUCACGGACUUCUGCUUCCCAGAGAGACUCACUCUGACGAGAGUUUUGGAGUUUGCGCAAGAAUUCAAGUUUGAAGACGACGACGUCAUGGCCGUCACCUACCCGAAGUCAGGUACAAUCUGGAUGCAGGAGAUACUCCCACUGGUGCUAAAUGGGGGGGAUCUGACCCCCAUCCAUACCAUUCCUAACUGGGACAGAGUCCCAUGGCUGGAAGAGAAAAGAUUGGCUCUAGUGGUGGAUAAGCUGGCAUCUCCAAGGGCGCUGGUCACACAUUUUCCCUACAGCCUCAUGCCCCCUUCCUUCUACACCUCUAAAGCCAAGGUGAUCUAUGUCAUGAGGAACCCAAAGGACAUCAUGGUGUCUUCAUACUACUUCCAUCAGAUGGCCGGUUUCCUUGAGGAUCCAGGAACGUUUGAUGAGUUCAUGGAUAAAUUUCUAGAGGGUGAAGUGUUGUGUGGAAAAUGGACCGACCACAUGAAGAGCUGGAGAAACAGUGCAUUAGGAGACAGAAUCAUGUACAUUACGUAUGAAGAAAUGGUUCAGGACCUGCCUGCAUCUCUCAGGCGUAUCUCAGAUUUCCUGGGGCGUAAUCUGACUGAAGAAGUCAUCCAGAAGAUAGCAGAGCAUUGCUCUUUCACGACAAUGAAGACUAACAACAUGUCCAACUUCAGUCUGGUCCCCAAUGUGUACAUGGACAGCGACAAGUCUCCUUUCCUAAGGAAAGGUACUGUUGGAGACUGGAAAAACCACUUCAGCUCAGAGCAACUGGCCCGAUUCAUAUCGGUGAUUUCCAAAGAGCUGGAGGGUGAGAGCUUCUCUCUGCCAUGGAGCCUGGACUGACCACCAUCUGAAACAAAGACACAGAGAUCUGGAGUAGCAAAUACAAAAUCAAGGCCUGUAUACAGCACUGUGCCACAGACUUGAGCCACCCUUCAUUUCUUUAUAUUUUUCUAGGAAACUGGGAAAUAGAUGCAGUGAUUUAUUGAAACAUGACAAUAUUUUUAAUUAAAUAUUUAAAUAUCAAUUAAAUAUUUUGCAGUAUUUUAUAUUUUUGUAAAUCACCAUUCAUCUGUAGUCAGUGUACCAGACAACAAAAUGACUAUGUAUGUGGCCAAUCUCUAGUUGAGGCUCAGAUUCUGGGAAGGACACGUCCCGAAUGAUAGGGUUCCAUUCAGUGUUGCCAAGUCCGCUUAUUAUAAGCGGCUUUGGGCUUGUUUUUUUCUAAAGUUGCUUGCAAAUCUCGUGAGUUGUGGGUUGCGGUU